UAAUUUGGUGAAGUUCUACUAACAGGUGGCAACCUUGUUUUAGCCGUAUUUGCCUUUGCUUUACAUUGAACAAGUUUUAUGUUACUUUAGGAAAAUUGCUUUUCUUAAAAAGUGACCAUCUAUAAAUCUUUCCUUCAUCUUUUAGUUAACAGAGUUACUUUGAAGAUGUUGAUAUCCAAAUUCAAUGCCAUUCAGAGCAACACCCUGUCUCAGCUUCAUAAGUCUGGACUUGCUUUGCCCAAGAAAUUGAAGAAGGGUGACAAGUUAACCAAAGCAAUACUGGCUUUUGCCUUGCCCUGCUUGCUGCUGCUGAUUCAACCAGUACAAGGGGCUUCCAAAACCCCAACUUUACAGUAUGGCACAAUUGGGAGGAGGAAUAAUGCUCCUUCGACACACCCUCCACCUGUUAAUGACCCGACAAGGGGUUGCAAUGCCGAAAACGGUUGUCGCCAGUUUACUCUGAGUCUUGAAAACCGCAGAGGAACCCUAGUUGAAGCUGUUGGCAAUGUUACAAUGGCGGAAGGAACUUUGAACCACAGAGAGCCAGGUACCGAGGCCAUAGCUGCUGGGAUUGCCACUUGGUUCUUGAACAAGACUGAGUCCAAUAGCAAUACUUAUGGCCGAUUAAGCAUUUCACAGGACCCAAUUUCCAGUGCCGCAGUGUCAUCACAAAUGUUGCAGCUACAGGCUGUUUCUCGAGGGAUUGCUCGUAUGGGACUGCAAGUGUAUUCAUCAAUGUCAACUGAAGAUAACUCCAAGAUACCUCCGGCAGAUGGAAACAUUGAAAUAAAAGUUAAUUCAACAUCGAACAUGGUGGACUUGAGGUUCUUCACUAGCCUUGAAAUCAGUCUAGGGGAACCUGAUAUUACACGCGUCUUGGAAUCUGCUAAAACUAUAUUACAGUCCACUCGACACUGAAGCUGAGUUUAGCAUGGCGGACUUGAGGUUCUUCACUAGACUUGAAAUCAGUCUUGGGGAAGCUGAUAUUAUACGUGUCUUGGAAUCUGCUAAAAAUAUAUUACAGUCCACUCGACACUGAAGCUUAGUUUAGCAUUGUUGUUCCGGUUAGGAAAAAAUCUGUUGCGAGAGAAACCAGUGAAAAACACUUGCACUUUCUUGAAGUUGCGAUGUCAAUCUACUGUAUUUGAAGUCGCAACACUGCAUUAUUGAAGUCAUGACGCCAAGCAUCUGCCGUUGAUGUCGCUAUGUGAGCCUUCCAUGGUCGCGAUGUCAACUCGAUAAACUUUGAAAACUUUACAUUGUGGUUCUUGAAUGGCCUCGAGUUAACAAAAGAGUUUUCGUAAGCUCGUAUAAACUCCAAAUUAGAAUAUAUAAUGGGUUAUAAGGGUGAAAUGAUCUUAUCAGUUGGUAUAAAUUGUGGAAUUGAUUGAAAUUUGUGAUUAUAGUUACUCUGGUAACGAAUAUGGCAUCUCAUGACUCGGACUUGACGAUUGUAUUGAGUUUAAGGUGUUACAUUUUCCUUAUUUGGUUGUGUUGUUACCUUGUGUAUGAGUUUAGACUUUUUUUCAUUCGAGAGGUUAUUAUUACUAUUAUUAUUUUAUGAUAGACAGAUUUUUAAA